AUGCCUCAGUUCGCCAUCUACGCUAACCCGGUCGCUACGGCGCCGGAUCGCAUCCUGCUCGCCCUCGCAGACGCAGGGUUCACCGAUUUCGACUAUGUAACCGUCGACAUGCGCGGCAGGGAGCACAAGACACCUGAAUACCUUGCCCGCAAUCCCUUCGGCAAAGUCCCUGCCCUCGUCACCAAUGAUGGCAUCACAAUGCAUGAAUCGCGCGCCAUCACCCGCUUCCUCUGCACAAGACUCAACCUCCCCCUCAUCCCUAACCCAGCCACUGCCUCCGCCGCCUCUCAGGCUCUCUUCGAACAAGAACUGUCCUGCGAGACAUCAUACUUUGAAGGUCCCGUCUCCGGCGUGAUCUGGGAAACGUUCAUCAAGCGUCUGAUCGGCAUGGAAACCGAUGACGCAGCCGUGGUCGAGCAUAAGAAGAAGCUAGACGAUUAUUUUGAUAUCGUCGAGGCCAAGUUCAAGGAUUCGGGGAAGAAGUUCAUGGCUGGCGAAGAGUAUACCCUUGCAGACGUUUAUUAUCUUCCCUUCCUGGCGAGGUUGUUUGAUCGUGGGUUCGGGGAGCUGGUUACUUCUAGGCCGCAUGUGAAGGCGUGGUGGGAGCGCUGUAUGGAGAGGCCGAAGACCAAGGCGUGGAUUGACCAGUCGCCCAAGCUGGACCUGUUGCUAGCAAAGAUGGAGGCGAAAUAG